GCUAGCCAUAAAACUCAGUGUAGAGGCGCAACGACCCUGACGGGGAAGCGCAUUUUCUGGACCAAACCUAAAGGACGAGGCGGUUUCCCAAACUCGGCAGGCCAAGAUUGUCAACAGAGAUGUCUUUCAUAUUUGACUGGAUCUACAAGAGCUUCAGUAGUGUCCUGCAGUUAUUAGGGUUGUACAAGAAGACCGGGAAGCUGGUUUUCCUCGGACUGGACAACGCUGGAAAAACAACCCUCCUGCAGAUGCUCAGAGACGACAGGCUGGGACAGCAUAUGCCAACACUGUACCCAACAUCUGAGGAGCUGACCAUAGCUGGGAUGACGUUCACCACGUUCGACCUUGGAGGCCAUACGCAAGCUCGAAGGAUCUGGAAGAAUUACUUCCCAGCGAUAAACGCGAUAGUCUUCAUGGUGGACUGCGCUGAUCAUGAGCGUCUGGCGGAGGCUAAAGCUGAACUGGAUGCGCUGUUAACGGACGAAACCAUCGCCAACAUCCCGGUUCUCGUCCUGGGCAAUAAGAUAGACCGCGCAGAAGCCAUCAGCGAGGAUGCGCUCAGAGGGAUGUUUGGCCUGCACGGACACACAACUGGAAAGGGUAAAGUGUCACUGAAGGAGCAGAAUUUGAGGCCGUUGGAGGUGUUCAUGUGCAGCGUGCUGAAGAGACAAGGCUAUGGAGAAGGUUUCCGCUGGCUUUCUCAGUAUAUCGAGUGAUUGUGGAGUUUUUUUUUGUUUAAUUUAUUUUUUUUAAACAGCAUUAAUUGGACUUUUACGCUGCCUGUACACACAGCAAUGUGUUUCACAGAAAACUAUCCGCAGAGUACGCAUAGGUUCGAUUAAAUACGCCAUUUCUGGCUCUUUGACUGCAAGUCAUAAACGUAAACAUAUAUUUUUCUUAUAUUAUUGUAUGAACAUAAAUGUCCCACUGCACAUCACAGUUACUGAUGUUUUCUCCUCUGAUUGAGUGCAGAGACAACUUGUCGCGCUGCAUUGCUGCCUUUUUAAACGAAAAAAAAAAGCAUGUAGGAUAAUAAUGCUGUGACCCGGUGUCAGAGCUGGGCUUAUAUUUGGCUGCUGGUGUUGACUUACUGUAAAGGGCACUUUAAGCUGACAUUACAUGGUGGAAAUUGUAUAGCUAAUCUGUUGUUAUACAGAACUAAGUAUGAAAAUUGUUGCAAAUUGUGUUCAUAUUUACACAGUAGCUGUAACUGCUACCUCCACAUUUACUGAAUUAUCUACUGAUCCACUGUGGAGAGCUUAUGACCGCAGAAUACUAAAUGAAUGCCACCAUGAGCGCAUCAAGUGCCUUUUUUUGUCAUGAUAAACUUUUCUCAGUAUGCCUGACUGCUGAACAACCGCAGCACAGCUGCUUCGGCAUUAAUGUGACAAACCUGUCGUUUAACGCAGCAAAGAUGCAAAACUUCGAUGAUGGGUAACUGCUGCAGAAUAACCUGAGUACUUUAUGAUUUGUUGCUGCUCACAAUGUGCAGUGAUUCUAUGAGAGUACUCGGCUUGCACUUGAAUCUUUAAAAUUAUGCACAUUUACAGGAAGCAACAGAGCAAUAGGUACAUUUAUAUUUUUUUGUGUGUAAAGUAUCUUAUUUAUACUUGGGAUAGAUAGUCUUAUCUCUGUGUUAUAAAUGUUGCACUGAGACACAAGGUGAAGUCUGUUGCAAAUCGAUGUGAUUCUAGAGAGACGUGUGUGACAAUGUAGCACAUUAAAUACUUUUAACAAUCGUC